AAAAUCUAAACACCACCUCAUCUUGGACCAGUAGAAUUUUACUGCUUUAGCAGUGUGAUCCUUCGACUGCUCCUGCCAGCACUGUUGGAACACUAUCGUUAGGACUCCUCGCCCUUGUUUACAUAUUAUUAGGACUCUUUCGUCGUUCUAUUCCGCCUCAGUCACAUUUUGAAAUGGCAGCUACCGUUCGCGUCGUUCCGCCAUCCGAGGCGCAGCAGCUGGUCGAAGCUGGUCACGUCUUUCUCGAUGUUAGAACACCCCAGGAAUAUGCGUCCGGGCACGUCCCGGGAUCCGUCAACGUUCCGUUCAUGCUCACCGGCUCUGACGGAUCCAUGGUUAAAAACUCGGAGUUCUUGGAUCAAGUCAAGGCGAAGUAUUCUUCUAGCACACCUCUUGUUCUGAGCUGUAGAAGUGGAAAGCGGUCGAACAUGGCUGCCAACGUCCUCAGAGAAGUGGGCUUCACAUCGCUUGCGGAUAUGGAGGGAGGGAUGAUGGCCUGGAAGGGCCCAAUUGCUCGUUAGAAGGAAGUGACUAUAAUUGGCAAGUUGAGAUAACGAACUUGGAAUUGAAAUUUUAGUGAGCACUAUUUGAUUGUGUGUUUGCAGCAGUUCUAUUGAUAUUUCCAA